CAAAGUCCACUCCACCGCAUGUAGAGUCGACGGUAAACUCACAAAACUAACUCGACGCGCUUUUUGCGGAGCGAGUAGGAUUAUCCUCGUUCAGUCCAAGCAGAGAACCAGUAAGGCACCCAUACCCAAGUGAUCAUAAUAUAAGAUAUAGUCUUCGCUCUUCACAAAUCCGAGUCUUUCCCUCGAUCUCGAUCUAUCCACAGCAUCUGUGUUCACGAAUCCAACCAUCUAAGUUGGCUUUUCUGGUUAGGCAGCUGGUGGUGUGGUGGAAUAUUUGGACUAAUGGCUGGUCUACCAGUAGAACCUCUUCUUGAAAUUGAUGGUAAAAAUGAAGAAAAAGUUGAGGACAAUAAUGAUAUCUACAUCAAUGACAAUAACAAGCAGUCUAUAAGCAAGGGAGCUUUGCCUGUAAGAGAGGAGAGCGAUCAGGUUGGUGAGAGAGAAAUGGCUCUUCCGCCCGGCAGUUCAAUUCACCGCUCUGGUUCCAGGCCCCAGCUAGACCUCAGUAAGGCUGCCAUUCAAGGCAACCCUGAGGAAAGGGAUCCUACCAUUCUCUUGCCUAAUCAGUCUGAUGAUAUAUCUCAUUUGGCUCUUGAUAUUGGAGGAUCACUUAUCAAGUUGGUGUAUUUUUCAAGACAUGAAGAUCAAUCUACUGAUGAUACGAGGAAGAAAACUGUCAAGGAAAGACUGGGGAUCUCCAAUGGAAAUAGGCGAAGCUAUCCUAUCCUUGGUGGAAGAUUGCACUUUGUCAAGUUUGAAACAAGCAAGAUAAAUGAGUGCCUGGAUUUUAUUUCCUCCAAGCAACUUCACUGCAGUGGAAUUGAAUGCCACCAUUGGACUUCUGAUUCUACAGCCAAUAGAAAUACUGUUAUCAAGGCCACAGGGGGUGGUGCAUUCAAGUUUGCAGACCUCUUUAAACAAAGGCUUGGCGUUAGUCUUGACAAGGAAGAUGAAAUGGAUUGUCUGGUGGCAGGAGCAAAUUUCUUGCUUAAGGCUAUUCGUCAUGAAGCUUUCACACACAUGGAGGGUCAGAAAGAGUUUGUGCAGAUUGACCAUAAUGAUCUGUUCCCUUAUCUUCUUGUUAAUAUUGGAUCCGGAGUUAGCAUGAUCAAGGUUGAUGGAGAUGGGAAGUUUCAGCGUGUUAGUGGGACAAAUGUUGGUGGUGGUACUUAUUGGGGAUUGGGAAGGCUAUUAACAAAAUGCAAAAGUUUUGAUGAAUUGCUAGAGUUGAGUCAAAAAGGUGACAAUAGUACCAUAGACAUGCUUGUUGGAGAUAUUUAUGGUGGUAUGGAUUAUUCUAAGAUUGGUCUUUCUGCAUCAACAAUAGCUUCAAGUUUUGGCAAAGCUAUUUCUGACAACAAGGAGCUAAAAGAUUACAGACCUGAAGAUAUAUCUCUUUCUCUGUUGCGAAUGAUCUCAUAUAAUAUUGGACAGAUAUCUUAUUUAAAUGCACUUCGAUUUGGGCUUAAGCGAAUAUUUUUUGGAGGAUUUUUUAUAAGGGGUCAUGCUUAUACAAUGGACACAAUCUCCUUUGCUGUUCAAUUUUGGUCAAAAGGAGAUGCCCAGGCUAUGUUCUUGCGGCAUGAAGGGUUUUUAGGAGCUUUAGGUGCAUUCAUGAGCUAUGAGAAGCAUGGCCUUGAUGACUUGAGGGUACAUCAGUUGGUUGAGAGGUUCCCCAUGGGAGCGCCCUACACCGGAGGAAAGAUUCAUGGGCCACCUCUUGGUGACUUGAAUGAAAAGAUUUCAUGGAUGGAGAAGUUUGUGCUGAAGGGGACUGAGAUUACUGCACCUGUACCAAUGGCACCUCCUGGAACAACUGGACUUGGUGGUUUUGAAGUUCCCUCAUCCAAAGGUGGCACUUUGCGCUCUGAUGCAAGUGCUUUAAAUGUUGGGGUUCUCCAUCUUGUACCCAGUUUGGAUGUCUUCCCACUCUUGGCAGACCCAAAAAUGUACGAGCCAAAUACUGUUGAUCUCUCAGAUCACAAUGAGCUAGAGUAUUGGUUUAUGGUGCUUUCCGAGCAAUUGCCAGAUCUUGUUGAUAAGGCAGUGGCAAGUGAAGGUGGAACAGAUGAUGCUAAAAGAAGGGGUGAUGCAUUUGCACGUGCAUUCUCUGCUCACUUGGCAAGGUUGAUGGAGGAGCCUGCUGCAUAUGGGAAGUUGGGACUAGCUAAUCUUUUGGAAUUAAGGGAAGAGUGCUUGAGAGAGUUUCAUUUUGUUGAUGCUUAUAGAAGCAUCAAACAGAGGGAAAAUGAGGCAUCCCUUGCUGUAUUACCUGAUUUGUUGGUGGAACUUGACCGUAUGAGUGAGGAAGCAAGGCUGCUCACCUUAAUUGAGGGUGUUCUAGCUGCAAACAUAUUUGACUGGGGAUCUCGUGCCUGUGUGGAUCUAUAUCAUAAAGGAACAAUUAUUGAGAUUUAUACAAUGAGCCGCAACAAAAUGCAGAGACCUUGGCGGGUGGAUGAUUUUGACCUGUUUAAGGAGAGGAUGUUAGGCUCUGGAGGGAAGAAGCCUCCCCCACAUAAGAGAGCUUUACUAUUUGUGGAUAAUUCAGGUGCUGACAUUGUUCUCGGUAUGCUUCCACUAGCUCGGGAACUACUCAGGCGUGGAACUGAAGUUGUGCUGGUUGCAAAUUCCCUUCCUGCAAUAAAUGAUGUAACCGCAAUGGAGCUCCCUGAUAUUGUUGCAGAGGCUGCAAAGCACUGUGACAUCCUUCGAAGAGCAGCUGAAGCUGGAGGCCUAAUUGUGGACGCAAUGGUAAACACCUUGGACAGUUGCAAAGAAAAUUCAGCUUCAGUUCCUCUGAUGGUUGUUGAGAAUGGGUGUGGGAGUCCAUGCAUUGAUUUAAGACAGGUCAGCUCGGAGCUAGCUGCAGCAGCAAAAGAUGCAGAUUUGAUUAUCUUGGAGGGGAUGGGUAGGUCUCUUCACACCAACUUCAAUGCUCGGUUUAAAUGUGAUGCCCUAAAGCUUGCAAUGGUGAAGAAUCAGAGGUUGGCAGAAAAGUUGAUUAAAGGAAAGAUAUAUGAUUGUGUGUGCAGAUACGAAGCAGCCCAAGUUGAGUGGUUGUAGAGGUGAGUAUGUUUGUUGGGUUGUAUUCAUCUUGGUCCAGAAGAUUAAAAUCCACAACAAUACUUAAAAAGCAGGAAGGGCUAGUUUUCUACCUCUUUUGUAUCAUCAAAGACAGCAGAAACAGAAAUGGAUUCUUUGAUUGAUGAUUGCCAAAGAAAAGUGAACUGUUACAAGUUAGGAGUCCCAUUCACCAAAUACAAAACUCUCUUUCCAGUUCCACUACUCUUCUCAUCAUUUGUCCUUUGUAUGAUUCCAACAAUAUUAGAAAAGUAGAGUGCACCACUGCAAAACAGCGUUCUUUUAUAAUAUAAUUUGCAUCAACUU